AUUCAUUCGAUGUGAAGCUAGCGCUGUGAGUGGACACGAACACUGUUAGUCCUGCGUUGGUCCAAGCAAGAUACUGGUAUCUCUUUAGCUCGGGAGAGCGACUUGUUCCCGCGAACAUUCACAAGUGCUGGAAACAUGAGAACCAAAGCUAUGGCUUUUCUGGAACAAGAGGAGGAUAGGGAUGGACGUGGAGAGGAUCUUCCGCGUACCCACAAAUGUAGCGAGUGCGACAAGGAGUUUCGUCAUCUGAGUAAAUUGCAGCAACACCUGCGAACUCACACUGGAGAGAAACCCUACAGGUGUGAGGAGUGCAGCAAGCAGUUCAGUCGGCUGGGUCAUCUGAAGUCUCAUAUGAAGACACACACUGGCGAAAAACCUUACAAAUGUGAUGAAUGCAGCAAACAGUUCAGUCAGCUGUGUAAUCUGAAGUCGCAUGUUAGGACCCACACUGGCGAGAAACCAUACAGGUGUGAGGAGUGCAGCAAGCAGUUCUGUGUGCUGAAUCAUCUGAAGGGGCAUAUGAAGACUCACACAGGUGAGAAACCAUACAAAUGUGAGCAGUGCAGCAGACAGUUCAGUGAGUUGAGUUCCCUGAAAAAGCAUAUGAGGACUCACACCGGCGAAAAGCCGUACAAAUGUGAGGAGUGUAGCAAACGGUUCAGUGAGAUGGGCGAUCUGAAGAGGCAUAUUAGGACUCACACAGGUGAGAAACCGCACAGAUGUGAGGAGUGCAGCAGACAGUUCAGUGAUCUGGGUUCCAUGAAGAACCAUAUGAGGACACACACUGGAGAGAAACCAUACAGAUGUGAGGAGUGCAGCAGGCAGUUCAGUGUGCUGGGUAAUCUGAAGACGCAUAUAAGGACUCACACUGGAGAGAGACCUUACAAAUGUGAGGAGUGCAACAGACAGUUCAGUCAGCUGGGUCAUCUGAAGAAGCACAUGAUGACUCACACUGGCGAGAAGCCCUACAGUUGUGAAAAGUGUGACAAACAGUUCAGUCAGCUGGGUCAUCUGAAGACGCAUAUGAGGACGCACACUGCAGAGAAGCCAUACAAAUGUGAGCAGUGCAGCAAGCAGUUCAGUCAGCUGGGUAAUAUGAAGACUCAUAUGAAGAGGACUCACAGUGGAGGGAAACAUUGAAGACAUGAAGCGUGCAGCAAACAGUUCGGUGAGCUCGGUUCUCUGAAGAAUCACAUAGUCGAGAUACCCUUCCGGUUAAAAAAUGCAAUUGGAGCUCCCGUCACCCAAGUGAUCUAAACGUUUAAUGUUGUUAGAAGUCCUACAUGUGUGCACAGUGCAGUUCUGUCAGCUGGGCUUCCUGAAGACACAUACAGUGGAGAGAAACCUUUCAAAUGUGAACAGUGUAGCAGGCACUUGUGAACAGUGCCUGCAGAAAACUCAUCUGGAGAAGACUCAUAUGUGGAUCCACACUGAUGACAAACCUUAAAUAUACAGCUGGAACUAUUCUUUAUGAGAGAGAACUGGUUUAUUUAUUUAAACACACAAUGUCAUGUACAAGAUUAUAGUCGGAGGACUAAAUUGCCUCGUACAGUGUACAGGACAGCCUGGCGCUUAGGAGUAAAACAAUGGAAUGUCCUGCCUAAGUGCAUUAAUCUAAAUAUACUUCUCACAAUUUCCACUAAACUUUACAAUUUAAAAGUGUGGAUCUACACACCCUCAAGUAUAUAUACAUCUAUGUCAAUAAUAAAAUCGAUCUCAUUCGGAAUGAUUAAAAUGUGACACUUCAAAGUCUAAUGUGAGUUUAACAGAUGAUUUAUGAGGAAUGAUGAUUAUUACGAUCAUGAUGAUGAUUAGUGUUUAAGAAUCUCUUGUGGCAGAAGAGCAUUGAGACUACCUGAGGUAUAAGAAAUGCAGCGUUUGAAAAGCGAACAAUAGUAACGUUAGUAGUUAGAAAACACUUAUAUGAGGUGAUCGUAGUUUGGUGGUUAGUAUGAUGUGUGUCUUUCUAGAUAUAGAUACGUACAUUAGUGUGUAUAACAUUGCUGCAUGGAAAGAAAAGGUGUAUCACUUAAAGGUAAUUAGAUAUAGCCUUAUCAAUUGAACUUCCUUGUGAGAGAGUUGAAUUUUUUUGUACUGCCGCUCUAACGUAUCACUGAAAUUGUAUGUCUGAUUAUACUGUAGAGUGCACUGAACAGUAUAGUUCAAACGUGUAGAAUUGUAAUUCUUCGCGGUAUUUUGUUACUUUGUAAAAUUGAAAUUAAAAUCAACAUGCAUUAACAUACAGUACAUUACAUUUUGAAUGAUUUCCGCAAUUAACCUUUGUUAGAAAUUAGCCGUACUAACACUAAUUGUAUGUUACCUGGUGAUUUGUUGUAUGUUUAGUGACUGUCAAACAUAUAUCUCCAACAAUAAAGGCAACAUGCCACAAAAAGA